CGGACAGCUACUACUGGUUCUUGGAUUGCUGCGUGUCCGUGUUCAUGGAGGGCGGGUUCACGAUCAUCGCCUGGCGCGGGCAAUGGGAGCUGCUCAACGUCUACCUGGCACCGAACAGAAUCUACACGUCGCUGUGGGCCGGAUAUGGCAUAGGUGUCGCCAUCUGUCUGCUCGCCUUCGCCUUGCAGCCGGUCGUCGCCGGCAUGUCGAGGAGGUUAGACGAGCAGCACGUCGCUUACAAGACGGUGCUCGAGACCGUCUUCAUCGGCAUCGCGAAUUUCGGCGCCAUCAACAUGUGGCGCGCGCUGUGGCACGCCUACAACGUCUACAUAUGGCCGCCAGAGGACGUCGACAUCUACCACUACACGCAGAAAAGCUGCUGGCUGACGCUAGGUGUCGCCUCGGUGCUGAUGAUGGCGCUCGCGAAUCUGAAGGGCGCCAUAACGUCGGGCGUCGACAUCGACGGAAGUUACAUGAACGGCGACGGCUGCUGGUUCCACGUACACUACACGAGUGACGUCAUUUCGCAGAUACGUGGCGGCGCAUUCACGAAGAAAAGAACGGGUCCGAAGGGAAAGGGCAUACGGCGCCUGCUGCGUAACACGCUCUACUCGGAGAACGGUCCCAUGCACUUCCUGGCGGCCAUUGCGGCACAGAUAAACGUCGGCGGCCUACCGACAACAGGCGACAACGCCGCCGACUCCGUCAACGGGUUCCCAUCGACCGGCUCCCUACCGCGGCUAACCGUCGAUCCGCUACCGAUGGAGGAGGACAACCCUGCCUUCGAGGCGAACUCCGAGGGAGUCGCCUCCCCCGGCGAGCAGGAGACUAGGCCACGGUUCAGUCUCAUCGUCGCCGAGCCGAACCGACGCGCGUCGAUCUUCAUGCCAGACAGCGGCGACAACGACGACGACGACGACGACGAGCCGGAGUUUGGAGUGGUUCCGGUCGACAGCAGAAAGGGUUCCUAUCUCGAGGUCGUCACGAGAAACUCGCUCCCGGACCGAAAUGGCUCGAUAUACGAAAUACGGCAGACGACCGACCGCCGACGGUCCAUGUUCGAGACGCAACAGGCGGCGCAGAAGACGACGAGGGCCGGGUCGCCGACGAAAAAAGACGCGCCGCCGAAAAAAGACACACCGCUGUGAGAAUGAUGACGCAAACCAAUCAGUGAACGAUUUUUAUCAUUAUGAAGUCGGCCUUUAGUUUCAUUCGCAGUUUUAUUAUUUUAAUUCAUUUUAAGUACAUUGAUAAUGAGAACAAUUAAUAUGUUAUUAACAUAUACAUAUCACAUGCUGAAUCUCAACUAAACGAAACACGAUGAAUUAGUCUUUUUAAUUUGAUAUAGUUUUAACAUUUGAAGUACAUCGAUGAUAUACACAAAUGAAACACAUUCAAUAUUUAUGCUAAUUAUAAACUAUUUCUUAGCUAUGCAGCUUAAAUUAUGUAUACCGUUUAUUAUCAACACAAAUGCAUUUUUUUACUGGAAAUCCAUAAAUUGGAAUUCAUAAUCAAUACUCAAUAAUGUCACAGCACUGAUCAAGAAACGUAUUCUACUAUAAUAACAUUGUUUGUAAUAUAUAUAUAA